AUGGGCAAUAUUGCUUCAACUACCUUAUCUGGGUCGCGAAUACAGAAAAACAUUGACACAGAAUACACUAAUGCGGUGACGAAGCCUAGGACAACGGUUCCCAAAAUUGCCCGUGGUAUGAGAAUUCUAGAUCGUGAAAUGCCUAAUUCAUCAACCAUAUGUGUUGCCGAAUCUAUUCCAACAUAA